AUGCCCGAAGGAGAAGAAGAAGAUAAAUUCAACGCUUCGACACCAUUAAUUCAAAAUAGCGACAAAAAUUCGACUACAACUCCAAGCAAGACAACUACACCGUCGACAACGAUCACCUCUAUCAGUCAUGAUAACACGUGUAAUUUCAAGGAUAACAUCUUCGAUGAUGAAGAAAUUGCCAUGAUUGGCAUUCGGGAUCCACCCUUUGUACGACGACAACGUCGAAGAUGUACUGCUGUCCGAUGUUUAGCAUGUCUUGCAUUUCUACUGACCGUAGCUUGUGUCUCAUUAGCUAUGAUUGUAAUCUUUUACAAUCGUGUUAUGCCAUCGACAAUCGCCGAUGAUGGCAAUAUUGCACGCUUUUAUCACUUGACUGAUUUCCAUCUAGAUUUAGAAUAUAAUUCAUCAUGGACAUCAUCCACCUUUUGCCGUUCCCCUGAUGAUCCUAAUGGAACAGCUCAACCAACUCAGAAGAAAGCUUAUUAUGGUAGAGUAGGCUGUGAUUCACCCAAAACUUUAAUUGAUAAUUCAUUACUAGCAACCAAAGUGAUUCCAAUUACUACACAGCAAUAUGUCGAUUUUGUAUUGGUUUCUGGUGAUUUUGUAUGCCAUCGUUUAUAUGAAUUAUCACAACCGGAUUUAUAUCGUCGUGUGCGCGAUUCAAUCACUUAUACAAGUACACGUCUAGUGGAAGCUUUCCCUGCUACUCCUGUCUUUCCGGCUAUUGGCAAUAACGAUAUGAUUGGUGAUUAUAUCAUUCCAGUUAAUAGCCAAUGGUAUGAAACAAUAUUUAGUAUGUGGUCAGCCUUGAUUUUAUGCCCGUUUUGUCCAGACAGAUUACGUCCUAUCACAUCAUUCAAUGCUAUUCGAGAAACUUUCCUCCAAGGUGGCUACUAUAAGGUUGAAAUUUAUGAUGGUAAAUUAGCCAUUAUCAGUUUAAAUACACUCUAUUGGGAUACUGAGGCACUUAAACGUAGUUCUAUACCAGCUGAGAAAUUCUUCCACGCUGCUGAUCAACAGUUAGCUUGGUUUCGACUACAACUAGAGAUUGCAAGUAAUAAAAGUCAAUCGGUUAUUAUCGAAGGUCAUGUACCACCAGGAGUGGAUACGUAUCUUGGAUCUAAGAAAAAUUAUGUACACUACUGGUUUGAUAAUUAUACCGAUAUUUAUACUCACUACGUCGCCUCUCUAUACCCACAUGUCAUUAUGGGUCAAUUCUUCGCCCAUAUGCAUAAGGACGAUUUUAGACUAUUAAGAGAUUACAAUGGAAUGAGUUCUUUCAUGCUGUUAGCCCCGUCUAUUUCACCCAUUUAUUCCAACAAUCCUUCAUUUCGCAUGUUAAUGGUGGAUAAAAAAGAAUGGAAGUUACUGGAUUACAUUCAAUACUAUUUAGAUAUGGACUUAACAACGGCUUACAAUCAAACUGAAUGGGCAGAAGGAUAUCGAUUUUCCACUAAUUAUCCAUCCAAGAAUAAAUAUAUUAAUACUGAUCGAAUCGAGGAACUUAGCAGUAAUUUAAUUAAUCCUUUGAAAGUUAAAUAUUGGUUAAAUUAUGCUGUAGCUCGACAGAGCCUACCAUCUGUCUCCUAUUGUGGGAAAACAUCACCAAUUUCUCCUCUACAUCGAGUUCAUGGCGCUAUUUUAUUAAGUCUAUACUGCCGUUUUAUCAAAGACUGUUGCCGGUUUAUGCCAACAAUUUAUCACCGCAUAUUCCCAACUUGUCAAUCUAAUACUACUUGGGUAUCUUUCCAGUUUGGCACGUCAAUGAAUUCAUUUCUACUUCCAGAGCCUACGGCAACUUCAAUGCCUACUUCUGAUAACCGUUUUAUACCUGCUGAAAUACCUAAUUUACGCCAUAUGCCUACUAUUAGCCACAAGCAGAAACAUACCGCGGUAACAACUUUUAUGAAAAGACGAACCAGAUAUUGCUCGAAAACGUCUUUAGUUUGUCUAGGUGCGCUCUUCUUUUUUGGCUCAUUAAUCGCUAUCUUCUUAAAUUACUUAUCGUUGGUUAACACCAAUCAGCUUGACGUUCGUCGUGAUCGCUAUAAACAAAUUAAUGAAUCGAAUGUUUAUGAUUACUUUAUCCAUUUGACUGAUAUACAUCUGGAUCCAUACUAUGACAGUAAUUGUUCCAAUGAUCCAUUUGCUGGUUCAGCUUCAACAUCAAGAGUUCAUCAUGGCCGUUAUGGCCGUUAUGGAUGCGAUUCGUCACCAUUCUUGGUUAAUAGUACAUUUCAAUCCAUUAAUAACCUCGUUCAAAAUCGCAAUUGGCAUCUACUCUUUUUUCUAAUAUCUGGUGAUCUUAUUGCUAACCGUUGCAGCUUAGAAUCAAGCCAAUCAGACCAUUUAUGUUCAACAUUAGAUGACAUCUAUCGUAACUUAUUAACUGUUACCCAAAAAAUUGAAAGUUUAAUGAAUGGACGAUCGAUUCUCUUUGCCGUUGGCAAUCAUGAUAUUCCCAUCAUUUACCUACAACGAGCACAAGAUAGAAUAUGGUAUCGGAGGCUAUUAACAUUAUGGCAACCAAUGAUUACCUGCUCAAAUUGCUCAUCACUUCAUCGGCCACUUAUUAGUUCAUCUUUUGAAAGUAAUUUUUUAACUGGAGGUUAUUAUCAAGUUCAAUUCGUUAAACAAGCUUUAAUGGUAGUCACUUUAAACACAUUAUAUUGGGACCAGUCAGUGCAAAAUAGAAUUCCUUAUGCUUCACUAGCAUACUUUAGGUAUGCAGGAGAUAGACAAAUGAAUUGGUUACGAACGCAACUACAGACAGCUAGGCGUCAACGCUUCAAAGUGGUUAUCCAAGGUCACUUACCGCCUGGCGUCAAUAUAAGAACGAGCAAUAAUAUUUCCAUGGAUUAUACCUGGGUGGCAAGUCGUUAUGUUGACUAUAUUCAAUUGGUCUCGCAAGAUUUUGAUGACAUUAUAGUUGGACAAUUCUUUGGCUCUCUGCACCGUGAUGAUUUCCGUCUAGCAUCAGAUGUCAAUCAACAGCGAGGAUCUUUCAUUUUAAUCUCUCCGUCAUUAUCACCCAUUUACAACACUAAUCCAGCCUAUCGAUUGGUUCUAUUCGAACCAAAGACAUUUGCAGUGAUGAACUACUUACAAUAUUUUCUUGACCUGGAACUAGCCUCAGUGGUGCACAACGACGCUGUAUGGCAAUUGGAAUAUGAAUUUAUCAAAUAUUAUCCAUCUGGAAUUAAUGCCAUUACUUAUCAUAAAAUUGAAAAAAUUAAUUCUGAAUUAAUUGGAAAUACAAAUACUUGGAUUAAUUAUCAAAACGCAAGAUCAGUUCGAAGAAUGGACAAUUGUGUACGCUUCACCUGCUACUGUGCCAUGAAAUACAUUUAUAAAAACCUUUAUCAACAAUGCAUAAGAUCCUUUGGAAUCUCAGUAAACACGAAAAAAUAA